AUGAGCUCUUCCUCUGCCGCCGCGGCUCUAGCCGUGCGUUCCGGCGCGUGGGACGGCUCAGUGGUCAACGGCGACCUCAUUGAAUUCCUCCGCAAGACGCGCCGCCUCCCCGGCACACACCUCGUGCGAGCCCGCACCACGUCGGCGAGGGAGAUAUUGCUGGCGCCGGAGGAGGGCGAGCGGGAGUAUCAGAACCUCCGCGCCACUGCCUUCAACUGCAAUGUUGAGGAGUUGAGUAAGCAGACUGCCAACUUGACGGAAAGCCGGAUCCCACACCGGACCACCCCCGAUCCAUUAUCCACCCACCAACCAUCCCAGUUCAACCCCACACUGCACCCAUCCCCGAUCCAGAUUCCCUCCACCUCCUCUCCUCUCCUCUGUCGUCGGGAUCCCCUCCCGGUUCUUCUCCGAAAUAAGGAGACAGAGCGAGAAGGGAAAGGGAAAGGGGAAGCAGUGUGUGUCGGCCGGCGGAGCAAUGGCGGACAAGCCGAGCCGGGCGCUGGUGCUGUACACCGCCGGCCACGAGGCGCUGCUCACCGGGGGCGGAGGGGGGAAGGGCCAGCUCGACGCAUUCGCCUCCAUCGCCUCCUGCGGCUUCCUCUCCGUCCGCACUCCCGCGGUCAACGAGGAUGGAGGGGACAGGAACAACGACUUGAUUCUCGAGCUGGCGUAGCUGCUCGACGUGUACGAUGCCCUCUAUCCUGUCAAGGAUGGGGAAAUUGCCCGGGUGGAUCCGCAGGAGCUAGUAGUCCCCAAGCUAUCCGAGAGUCAGGUUCUGGCAGCAGUUCUAAGGACACUAGAAUAAUCGACCGGGCGUUCACUCUGCUGGGAUUUGCAGAGGGGAAUGUCCAGGAUGCGUCCGAAUUCGAUCUGGGGUUUGUGCAUGCCGCAAUGGAGAACACAUCCAGCAAGCUUGGGAAAUUAGGGAUGAAGAUGGAUCUCAACCGGCUUGACAAAUUGGUGGCUUCAAUCAUGGAAGCUGCGCCGCUCGGUUCAGCUGUCGCUGCCCGUAUUCAUGUUUCUGUUAUCUUGAGCUAUGGAUCUGCUACUGCAAAUAAGGAACAUGCAUGCCUCAUCUUGAACUCUUCAACCGAAAUUGAUUCCGACUUGAAGUUACUCUGUCCACAAAUAAGUUUAUUAUGCAUAUCCUGCAGGAAUCAUCAUCCAAUGCUACUGGCACAGUGGCAACAAGGAGUAACACGUUCUGAUUUGGCCAAGGAGUUUCUUUUGAGGAAUUUAUAAAGAAUGGCAGGGCUUCUCUUCUGUACAACCAACUUCACCCAAUUGCUUCCACAGAGCAACACCAAACUCCGCACUUAGCAUCAUUGUGUAUGUGACAGAUUUAUUGCCCGUAAGCUUGUGUACGGUUUUAUGACAAAGCCCUUGCAUUUGGUCUAAAGGGCUAUGCAAAGCUGCUUGUGGUGGCGACGCUGACAGUCGUCGAGAGGUUCAUGGACUGGAUGGUGUCGUGGCUGCCGAUGGAUUCCUUCGUCCGCUGGUGGUGAGGCACGAGCACGACAUUGAUCGAGGCCUGCUGGAGCUGCGGGUCAGGGCGAGGGACGUGACGGCAUCACAACUCAAGGCGUCGGCCGCCGUCGGUCAAGUGUGGCUCGCGAGGCUGCUCGGUGUGUUUCGCCGCAGCUGUAGGCCACGUGAUCAGGCCGGGCAGGCUUCGCACAUUGACUAGGCACACAACACUAUGUGAUAGGAAUUAUACAUGAGUUGCCGCUAGCUACAAUGAGAAAUUGUGUGAUGGUAGAUACGACA